AUGCUCCCCGAACGUCAUGCUCUUUUAAUGUUGGCAGGGAUCUACGUGUCGAUGCGUGGUCAGGACAAGCUCUCCCCUCUCACAAAGAAUAUCUUCAUGCUUCGAUCUGGCUCAGUGGCUGACUCCACGACUGUGGCCUCUGAGACACGACUGAUGCUGCAAAGGCAUGAGGCAGAAUUGGGUGAGGAUUGUGAUGUCAGGACAGCAGCGCACCUCGUCCAUCAGAUUUUAUAUCGCAACAAGGACCAAUUGCAGGUACAGGCAAUAGUGGCAGGCUGGGACAAGACAGAAGGUGGGCAGGUAUUUGCAGUGCCGCCAGGAGGUACAUUCAUUGAAGUUCCCUAUGCUCUUGGAGGCUCUGGGAGUGCCUACAUAUACGGUUGGUGUGACAAGCGUUGGCGCAAUGGCAUGACUGAGGAGGAGUGCAAAGAGUUUGUCUUUGGGGCAGUGGCAAAGGCAAUCGCAAGGGACUCAGCGAGCGGAGGUGGCAUAAGGACCCGUGUAUUCACUUCAACACAGAAGGAACCGGAAUUCACCCCCUGGGACAAGAUAAGACCCCAGCAUGGAGAGCUGAGGGCACCCCAGCGACUUAUUGCAUAG